CAGUCACCGUUUGAAAAUAUUAUGUUUGGCUUGGCUCAGAAACAGGAGGCAUCAUGGUACUUCUGAAAGAGGCUCUGUGUCCUGGGUUGACUGAAGAUCUGAUUAAAGCUCUACAUAAAGAGAAUAUCAGAACAGUCGAGGACCUUGUCAUAUCCGAUCCGGAAGAGCUGGCACAGAAAUGUUCUGUAUCUUACAAGGCCUUGGUGGCAGUUCGGCGUGUACUUCUGGCUCAGUACGCAGCGUUUCCAGUGUCCGGUGCUGACCUUUACGAUGAGCUGCUGGGCUCUACUUCGAUUCUUUCGACAGGAAAUGACAGAGUGGACGAGCUGCUGGACUCUGGUCUUUAUACGGGGGAAAUUACUGAACUGGCUGGAGGUCCAGGAACAGGUAAAACACAGACGUGCUUUAGUGUUGCUGUCAACAUAGCACACGAGCUGAAACACAACGUGGUGUACAUCGACACGAACGGCGGAUUCUGUGCCAGCCGACUGCUCCAGAUGCUCCAAACAAAAACCGUCAAUACCAUGGAGCAGAUGGAAGCUCUACAGAAAAUCAGGGUUUUCAGAGCGUUCGACACCUUCACCUUACUAUUCCGCCUCCAAAACCUAAGAGCCGGCGGCCUCCAGAAGGGCUCUGUUGGAGGAGGUUCGGUCAAAGCCGUGAUCGUGGAUUCAGUCUCCGCUGUGCUGUCUCAUUUGCUUGGAGGGAAACACAGUGAAGGUAUGUCCUUGAUGAUGCAAGUUGCUGGAGAGCUGAAGAUGAUUGCCAAAGAUUGUAACGUAGCUGUUUUGGUGACGAAUCACGUGACCCGAGAUGGACACAAUCAGCUAAAAGCAGGACUCGGCCAGUCUUGGAGUCAUGUUCCACGGACACGAAUCGUUCUGCAGCGACUCGAGCGGCCCGGAGCUUCUACCAGCUUACGUCAAGCAACUCUAACCAAAUCGUCGCGACAGCCGUGUCACCUGAUCGUGGAGUUCGACUCGAGUCAGGAGCCUCAGAACGAGCAGCAAACUGGGUUUGCAGGCAAGAGGAAACUGGACGUGGAUGGACCAUUACCUGCACCAGUACAAGUACCAAAAACGUGAAAACGCUUGUAUUGUAUUGUAUUGUGUAUAUAACCAGAUAAAUAUAAGUGCUGCUGU